UCUGAUUGGCUUAUUUUCAGGUCUUCGUUAACACAAUUGGCUGACACUAGUGGAGUCCCCGCAAGAAAUUAUUUCAUUUGACAUUGGCACCGAGAAGGUGUCUGGUAACACAAGCAGUUUUGUUUGGUCCAGAAUUCAAGAAACCAUGGAUGACAAAACAGAAACCAAUGAAAUGCUUGCGAGGAGCAAUGAGACUGACACAACAGAGGACCCAAUGGUGUUCCAUUUGAACAAACCUGGAUUUACAAGAGCACUACUGAAAAACUCAAAACAAGCUCUUCAAAUACUGUCUCCAGAAGCUACAAAGAAAACAGAAGGCCAAGAAAGUAGUCCAUUUUUGGAAGAUGAUGGAGAAGCCCCUGUUUCUCCAGAUGAUCCAAAAAUAGCAUUCAUUGUACCAGAGGACAGGCUCCAUAUGUCUUACAUUAUACUGUAUAUUCUUGGUUUUGGAACAUUGCUUCCAUGGAACUUUUUCAUAACUGCAAAUUCUUACUUCAAGAAGAAACUGGAGAAAAGGCCAGACUUUCAAAUAUCAUUUCAGAACUAUUUCUCGGUAGCUGCCAUGGUUCCAAAUGUUUUAAUGAUGCUUUUGAACAUUUUCUACUUACACAGGCUCAACAGAAAACUAAGAAUUGGUCUCUCAUUGGUUUUUAUGCUAGCUAUCUUCGUCAUUACCACAUCGCUAGUCCUUGUUGAUACCGAAAGCUGGACCGGGUCAUUCUUUGGUAUAACCCUGUUUUCUGUAGUGUUCAUAAAUAUUUGCAGUGCUGUCCUGCAGGGAAGUGUCUUUGGACUGGCUGGGAUGCUGCCACCAAGAUAUACACAGGCAGUCAUGGGGGGACAAGGUUUAAGUGGUCUUUUUGCAGCAGUUGCCAGUAUUCUUUCUCAACUUGGGCAAAACAACGUGAUGAAGAGUGCCUUUGGCUACUUUUUCACCGCCAGUGCUGUUCUAUUCAUAUGCAUUGGAGCAAUGGUUGUUCUUUUUCGUCUGAAAUUUGUGAAGCACUAUUUAGCGGAAAACAGACAUGCAUGCACGCACAGAUGUGAACCUUCGUACCACGAUCAUCUGCCUGACGUUUACAACGAGGAGACAAAUGAAAAAAUGCAGUUGAAGACGAAACCAAAGUCAACCAAACAGAAAUCCUCAUUACUUAUAAUCAUUAAACAGAUUUUCCCUAUGGCCUUUGCAGUGACAAUUACAUUUCUGGUGACAUUAGCUUGUUUCCCAUCAAUAACAUCACGCAUCAUCUCUGGCAGUUCGGAAAAGAAUGCCUGGACAGAUUUCUUCAUCGCCAUCACCUGCUUCUUAUUUUUCAACCUCGGUGACUAUUUGGGCAGAGUCUUAGCUGGGUUUAUUCAAAUACCAAGAAAGCGAUGGCCUAGAUGGAUUUUACCGACAAUCUGCUGUGCCCGUUUCAUCUUUAUUCCACUGUUUAUUUUCUGUAACGCACAGCCUAGAAGCUUUCCGGUCGUAUUCAAACAUGAUGCGUUUCCUGCAGUAUUUAUGCUCCUCUUCGCAACAUCAAAUGGUUACUUUGGAAGCUUAGGGAUGAUGUAUGGACCGAGUGCCGUUGAAGGGGAACACGCAGAGUUAGCUGGCACAGUCAUGGCAUGUUGUAUCAGUCUUGGACUUGGGCUGGGUGCAGUAUCAUCAUUUCUGGUGACGUCAUUCAUAUAGUUUUUUAAACGAACGAUCUCUGAGAAGAAUACAGCGUGAAGCUAGUUUUGAAUAAUUCGCACCAGAGUUUACUUAGCUUGUACAGAAUUUCUAUGAUUUUAUGCGUCCAAUUGUAAGAAGGAGCACUUGAUUUUUAUCAAGAAUUUAUCCAGGUUGUAUAGUUUUCAAAUAUAGUCUGAUAAUAUUUGCAGAUCUAGUUCAUUGUCUUCGGUUUUGUCCCGUUUUUUAGAAAAGGGCGUACCUACGGUAUGGCACGCUGGUCCAACGUUGACUUUUGGGGGCUGGGGAAUUAAACUCAGACUCUCAUGAGGCCAUUAACACUUUUUACAAAAACUGUAGUAACAUCCUGAACCCUAGAAAUAUGUCCAAUCCCAUUUAAAAUUUGAGCGUUUGUUUAAAAAAAUGUUCACAACUCGAGUUUUGCUCAGUUAAAGAAUAAUAUAAAGAAUAAAUUAUAUAAAACUUUAUCAAAUUUUUAAAGUCAUUUUCUAUUUCUAGAUUAUCUGAAAAUGACACCCAACUAUUUUGAUUAUCUAGAGCUCAAGUAGCAUCGAGAUAAUUUUUUGCUUACAUCAUCCAAAAAGCAAGCGGUUAGGAUACAUAAAGAGAAAGCAAUGAAAGUGUUUACCGAAGGUGCCAUGUUCCGUAGGUCUUCGUUGGUUUUGAGUCGUUUUUUGGAACGUCGGAAGCAUUUAAAAAUUAGAGGGGUAGAGGUAAAAAGGGCAAUAUGUCUCAUAAACAGGGACACUUUUCCAAGGGUUCUUGGGAGGGUAUUUCUUAACUAUGGUAUUUUCGUCGGGGACUUGCCCCUAAUCCUAUGUCACCCGGUUCCUGGCCAUUUUAUACUAGAAACCAGUUAGACAUUUUGCUUAUAGUAGAGGUUUUUGGCCGAAGGAACCGCUAGGUAGUGUUUUUAAGAGCAGAAUAGUCAUUUUGUGUUGAUGUUUAGGUGAUUCCUUCAAGUGCUUGUUAAGGUGAUGAUUCCAAGUUAUUUUUUAUGUUUUUAAUACAUUUUCAGUUCCUUCUUUUAGUUUCAGCCUCAGAAGUCCGAACAGAAAACCAAUAUAUUUAUUAUUUGUUUUACUAGAGGAUGUUGACUCAGAAUUUCGUCCAAAUUUAUCUCAAUCUCUCAACAUGAUGCUUAUAUGUGUAUGACCCUCAUUAAUAUCCCAAAACAAAGAAAAUCCGGCACAAAUCCGUAACCCAGCGGAGUAUAUCCCCUACCCCUAUUUUCAAAUUGUGUCGGUCGCCCUUAAAUAUGUAGUUAGAUUUUUUUGUUUUUCCUUACUUACUUAUAGUGUCGGCCGCCUUUGUGUUAUAGUUCACUUUUUAAGUUGAUUUUUUUCUACCGAGCAGAUUGUAGAAAGUUUUAUAUGUUUUGAGGCUUGGGUUUUCUACACUGUUUGCAUAAACAAUUAUUGUUUUAAGUUUUUGUUUGCAUUCUGAAAAUUUCUAAUAAAGGUUUUCUUCGAUACACCACUAGCUGAUUGCAUUUUUAAUUAACAAACAAAACAGACAAAUGAAUAGAGUUCUUAAGUGUGACGUCAUACAAAACAGGUUUCCAGAAUGUUUGAAUUUUGACCUUACGACCGAAAGGAGUACCACGAAAUACUUCCAAACAUCAGCAAAAUCAGAUAAAUAUGUCAAAAAUCGGGUGAGGUAUUUGGCCGAUGAAAGAGUGAACGUUUGCCAAAUUCAAUCUAAAAUCAAUCUGGGAUCCAAAUUAAAAUUUCUAAUGAAUCGAUUUUUGUGACGUCAUCACUUAAGAACUCUAUACUAUUCUAGAUAGAAUUUGCAACUUCUUGUUCUAAUAAAAUUUGUUUGUUUUCUUAUUAUCAACAAAGCAGAUGGUUUUAACCGAUGUUAGAAUUUUUCAAUAACCAUUCGAUUUACGAAUCA